UUGCUUGUAUCCGAUCGAGAGCCGCGGACGCUUGACUCGACUGUGCUCUUCGAGUCGUUGCACACACUCGUCGCAUCGCUGCACCCACGCGAAAUAUUCGCCCAAGGUGGCAACUCGGCUGGAUUGCUCCAAUAGAUCACGUUCGAUUUGCUCCAUGUCUCCAACAAUUUUAUCAUAUCAUAUCACACUCUUCUUCGUUACACUUGCACGUGAUUUGUUUGCAUUUUUUUCGCUUGUUACCUACUGCGGUCUUGAACGUUUUCAGACUGAUUUUAUACUACAUUUUGUCUUUCUCUAAAUGGUAUUAUUUUCAAAUCCUAUCGACGCUGAGUUGGAUCAUCUUUCUGAUGCAUGCAGCUGUCGGACAUUUAGUCAGCGCUCGCUUGAGUCAUCUUUCAGAAUCGCAUAGCUGCUGAUUUUGAUUAGCCAGCGCUAAUGUUAUCCCGAAUAUCUUUGAGAUAUAUGAUACAAAUAGAUUCGUAUUUUUACACGUGUUCCGUGAUAUCACAUCGCAACCGUUCUAAGAUUACAUUUUUCUGACGCGUGCUCGAGAUAUGUUAUCCCCAAUGCCAAUGCCUUUGAGAAAUAUAAUAUAAAUGGACAUUAAAAUUUUUGUUACCACAGCUGUACAUUGACAUUAUUAAAAAUGAAAGAGUUGCAUUUUUUUGUGUUUUAUGACUUCACCGCUGAAAAAAGAGUGGUGGGGAGGAUCUGUAUUUAAAUCAGAUCCGGCAUAGAAAUAAUAUCUCAGUCGCUCUACAUCAGUUAUAAGCACAGGCACGAUGAAUUAUUACGCUGCAAAUGAAGCAUGUAAGAAACAGUGCAAUGAUUUUGAUAAACCUCGUCAUACACCUCGUAUCCUGGGGCGCAGAUUUGCGUUGACUGCUACAGGUUAUAAAUAUUUGGAUGUUGGAAUCAGCGUGGGACCGGUGUCUCAUGUGCAAAUCAUUCUUGCUGAUAACCGAGGAAAUCAAUUAAUAUUGCCUCAUGCAACGUGGGCAGCGUUCAUCGAAAGACGUGAAGCUGUGGAACGAUUUUUACCGUCGAACAUCGCCUCAUCACUGUCGAUUCGCGAGUUGGUGAUUGAGCGUGUUAAGAUGUAUGAUGAAAACAUGGUAAAAUUAACAUUACACAGAAACUGCUUGUACAUGAAACCUCAAACUUUAUUAUUUCUAUUCGAAAUCGAAACUUGUGUAGACCUUGUAUAUUUCGAAUUAUGCCAGAAUACGCAUAGCGUA